AGGAGGACCUCCGGUACCUCUUCGGCCUUUACGGCACCGUCGUCUCCGUCUCCGAGGCGGACGAGGCGCCCGAGAAGUCGCUGAUAGUGGAGUACGCCACUGCCGAAGCGGCCUCCGAGGCCCAGGGCCACCUGAACCACGGCAUGAUCCGGGGCAAGAUCAUCCGGGUGAUGUUGGUGAGCACCCUCGAGCUGAUCCGGAAGACCAUGGUCUCAGGAAGGAGAUUCAUCAUCGAGAACUUGGACACAGACAUCGACAGCCACGGCUUCUUCAACAUCUGCUGCCUGUUCGGGGAAGUGUGCGACUGCAAGCUCCAGCUGCGCAACAGCGGCUAUACCAAGGGUUACGGGUUCGUGCACUAUGCUGAGGAGGCGGACGCGGCCCGCGCCAGAAAGGCCCUCUCUCAGAUGCAGGUGGGGGAGAAGACCGUCUCGAUGCGGCCCUUCGCGUGGGAUGACGCUCCACUCUUCACCGGGACCCUGUACGCCAGGGCGGUGUACAAUCCGUACUUGCAGGCCAGGUCCAACCCGCUGGACUUCAUGUGAGCCCCCGUGGCCCGGCGCACGGCCGCGGCCGCGCAGAGCGUGGCGUCGUGCGCGCCCCUCCCCCCCGCCUCUCGGGCCCGAGAGCCGGCCAGACCUCCGAGGGGCCAGCAACAGGCGGGGGCACUCCAAGUGUGGCGGUGACCUCCUCCUCCUCCUCCUUCUC